AUGCCGAGCCAAGGAACUCCGCGAGGCAGCACCACGCGCCUCCACGGCCUGGACUCGUACGUCACGGAGCCGUCCGACGGUCGCGCCAUCGAGGGCGUCGUGGUAGUUGUGUCGGACGCCUUUGGCUGGGAGUUUGAAAACACCCGGCUGCUGGCCGACAACUACGCCGACAAGGGUGGGUAUCGCGUCAUCGUGCCUGAUUUCCUCGGUGGUGUGGUGCUGCCGCCGUCGACGCUGGGGUCGCUGCGUGGGUAUAUUGGGGGAAGUUUGCUGGGCAAAGCAUACUCCGCUAUCUGGCUAGCCAUGACCUGGAUUCCGUUCAUGGUGUACCAGAACAUACUCCGCCGCACCUCCCCCACCAGCACCGUAGCGACCUUCUUUUCGGCCGUGAGCCACGGCCCCGAGGCCAUGCGUGGCCUGCCCGUGUUCGCCGCGGGACUCAGCUGGGGCGGCCGGUAUGCCCUCGCGCUGGCCUCAAUGCCGAACCCGCCCGUGAAGGCCGUCUUCGUUGCUCACCCGUCGCACGUGACCGUCCCUGACGACCUGGCGCGGCUAGCCGUCCCGGUCUCGUUCGCGCUGGCCAAGGACGACCACGUGAUGGGAGGGGACGCGCGGAUCGCAGAGAUCGAGCGGAUCGUGGGGAAGAGUGCGGCCAAGUGCGAGGUCAAGGCUUACAGCGCGGGGCAUUCCUUUUGCGUCCGGGCUGAUUUUACGGGCAAGGAUACCUCGGCACUGGCCGACGAGGCGGAGGAUCAGGCAAUUAGCUGGUUCAAGUCCCAGUCUGCCUAA